AUGCCCGUGAAAAUUUCGUGGCCCGCCGUGGGUGCGACGAUACUGCCGAACAUCGGUGGAAUCGCCGGUGGUUUUAUUACUAGCAAAAAUAUAAAUCCGUGGUACGAAGCACUUUACGAGGUCUCCGCUUUGUGGGUAAACACGGCUGCUAUGGCAAUUGCUUUUUAUCACGUCAGCCCUACGGCUGGUUACCUCAUCGUUCCUUACCUCGCUUGGACUACACUCGCAACGGCUCUCAACUACGCUCUUUACAGAGACAAUCCUCCGAAGGCUAUCGAUCAAAAAGAGCAGCGAUGA